GCGCUGACGGAGGCGCAGACGACGGAGAUUCGCGAGCGAUUGGGCGUGACGGUGGAGAUCGAGGAGGGCGAAGCGGCGGUGCCGAGCGCGAUCGAAUCGUUCGAGGACAUGACGCUGGUGCGGGACAUCAUGGCGGACAUUCGAUACAGGGAGUACGAUAAACCGUCGCCGAUCCAGGCGCAGGCGAUUCCGGUGAUCCUGAGCGGACGCGACGUGUUGGGAUGCGCGGAGACGGGGAGCGGGAAGACGGCGGCGUUUUCGAUUCCGAUGAUUCAGCAUGCGUUGAAUCAGGCGCCGUUGAGGCAAGGGGAUGGGCCGUACGCCAUCGUUAUGGCGCCGACGAGAGAAUUGGCGCAGCAAAUUGAAGCCGAAGCAAAGACGUUUACGAGAAGCUCCAAGGGGUUCAGAACGGCGAUCAUCGUCGGCGGAACGAACAUGAGUGAACAACGAGGCGCUUUGCGAAGUGGUGUGCAGAUCGUCGUCGCCACGCCGGGGCGAUUGAUUGAUCACUUGCAGCAAGGGAACACGAAUCUCAGCCGCGUCUCCUUCGUCGUUUUGGACGAGGCCGAUCGCAUGUUGGACAUGGGUUUCGAGCCGCAAAUUCGCGAGGUAUUGAUGAAUUUGCCCAAGCCUCAUCAAACGUUGCUGUUCUCCGCGACGAUGCCGAGCGAAGUCGAGGCACUCGCGAGCGACUACUUGCAUAAGCCGGUCAAGGUGAAGGUCGGCACCACGAGCGCACCAACGGCAAACGUGUCGCAGCAUUUGGAAAAAGUCGUGGACGCGGAAAAGGUGGACAGACUCGUGACUAUGUUGAUAGGCGAGCAGCGCGAAGCGAUGAAGCUCGGUCAAGACAUGCCGAUGACGGUUAUUUUCGUCGAACGCAAGAAUCGCGCGGACGAAAUCGCGGAACUCUUGAACGCAGAAAACGUCCCCGCCGCGGCGCUUCACGGCGGUCGUUCUCAAGGUGAACGCGAGGCGGCGCUUCACGACUACAAAACGGGGCGAUGUUCCGUACUCGUCGCCACCGACGUCGCCGCUCGCGGUUUGGACGUCAAGGGCGUCGCGCACGUUGUCAAUCUCGAUUUGCCGCGCAACUUUGAAGAUUACGUCCACCGCAUCGGUCGUACCGGUCGCGCUGGUAUGUCCGGUCGUUCCACUUCUUUCUACACCGACCGCGACUCG